CGCCCCCCCCCCCCCCCCCCCAGCGCAAUCUGUCCACAGAGAGCACCUCCUCUUCGACCUCUGCCUCGUCCUCAGAACCCCAUCUCUCCACCCCCGACCUGCCCCCAUCAGACCGCCUGCCCGAAGUCGUGCACCCGCCAGCAAACACCUCUCCGUCCGGCUCGACCACGUCCAGUACUGGCCACUCGAAGGGCGAAAGCACCCCUCGCGCAGAGGUCGGACCGCCAGUGUGGCCCCUCGCCGCAGGAGCCGUGGCGAGGCGGAACGAGCUGUUCGACGAGCCGUAUACAAUGAGCAGUAGCAUGGCUCGACACGGGUCCAACGAGAUCCCCUCCACGCUGUCGAGGACGCCGUCGUUGAAGCGCGCAGGAAGCUACAGGAAGAAACAUGCGAGGUAGGUUCCGUUCUUUCCGCCCUCUGGAUCGAGUCUCGAGUGUGGCUAGUUGCCGCGCGUCCCUGUCUGCCAUGUUUAGUGCAGGCGUGCGUCACAUCUGCGGCGCCAGGGUCCAUCCCUCAUACGGUGCAACGGUGCAUACCGCCAUCCCUCGCAGCCGCAUGUGGCGUGCAACAGGGAUGGCCAUCCUGGUCAUUGAGGAUGCGCGUUCUGGACUUUGCCACUGGCACACAGGGUCAUCGGUAUGGGGCCGUCCUUUGUCAUUAGCGUCGUGGCUCGUGAUCCACCGCGGGCCAUUCCGUCACCAAGUAUCGCAUCCAGACGCCAUAUUCUCUUCUCGCAAUGCUGCAUAGUAUCCACAGCUGACCACAUGCCUCGCUCUGCCAACAGUCUCGAUACCUCUCCCAACGCCCCCCGCGCCGAGGACGCAUUUCCUAGCUUUAACGCCCUCAACAAUGUCCCCCCUCUGUCCCAGUCCUCGCCCAAGGAGCAUAAGCCGACUGCCUCCAGGUCAUCGGCCCCUAGCGCACCUCCUUCAGCUGCCUUCCCCCGCCAAUCUACAGAGUCGCACAGAUCAUCACAGAGCCGUAGCAGUCUGACACGCUCGCUUUCGCCGGCGUCAGGCUGCGAGAUCUCUGCACCCAUCUCACCGCCCGUGGGAUACCCUCUGUCGUUCUACUCUCGAGGCAGGCGCAAUUCGUCCUCUUCCGCGCUCGCCCCUCCAUCAAUAUCCUCUGCGAGCACAGCAUCGUCAUCGUCUGGCAAGAGCGCCAACUCUACCAAGGCACCUCCCACUCCUCCCCCACCAAGAUGGGCCCGACCUCCUGCGGUCACCAACACGUAUUGCGGUCGCGCCAUGUCCCUGGGUUCUGGCGAGGGUUGUCCCGAUGUCAAUCUUGAUGAUUUUGAUCCCGAGCUUUUCGAAGGUGUGGACAAUGAAUGGAUAGAGGUCAUCAAGGGGUCUGAAGGGAGAAUCGCCAUCAAGAGUAUUCCCACUGCUUACGAGAUUUUGGUUUGGCUCCCCGGUUUCUCACUAGACAACAUUACCAUUGCCACAAGAGGUCAUAGGACCAUACAUAUUGUCGCUGAUCAAUGGGAUGAAGGAGACCACGCGCAAUGGGAUAUCAAAUUGGGAGAAGACGCCAAUCUCCGAUCCGUGAAUGCCAAGUUUACCGGCAAGGAGCUGCGUGUCACUGUCGCAAGACAAAUACCAGAGUGGCAGCUCGCCCGUGAUCGCCAACGAUCAAAUCGGUCCUUCGCAUCCGCUUCCACAUCUAGAUCUACUCCAGCCAUCACCGGCCCCAGCAUCACAUCAUCGAAAGUGCUCAGUCCUCUUGAGCGCGCGACCGCAACUACCAGAGUCUGAGAUUCGUCAAAUACCAACUGUACCGAUAGUCUUCUAAUACUCAUCAAGACUUUAUAAUAUCAAAUAUCUAUAGUAUAAUACUUUUCCCUCCCCGAGGGAGAACGAUUUCCUGCAUUUUCGGUAGCGCCGGUUCGAGCCAAAAUUCGCAUCAUUGAUACGAUACCCCCAUUGUAUAUCAGAUUCGAUAUCCCACCUGCGGAAAGCUUUGUAUUAUAGACCGCAGCAUGCAUCGUCCUACUGUCCCGA